AUGUUUUUGACCAACUUACUCCUCCUGUUACUAGUCCGGCCAAAGUGCAACAACAUCAAGGAGCUUUUAGACAAAGUCUAUAAUUCGAUGGACGUAGACAAAGAUGGACAACUUUACCGCGAGCAAGCUUUUGAUUAUAUCAAAAAAUACGACUCUGAUGCAGACAACGAGGUUACUCGCUCUGAGUUCAAGGACGGGAUUAAAGACCUUCACCUGCAAGUAUUUGAGGAUGCGCUGUUUUUCUUCUUCGACGUUGAUAAAAAUGGGAAAGUCACCGAUUGGGACUUCAAAAUAUUGUAUGUGCUGGCCGACAGGGACGGAGACGGAGCUGUUUCUGUACCUGAGAAAGACAGGUUUCUGAACAAGUUUUGCUGA